AACAACAGUCUGGCAUGAUUCAAGUUGGAUAAUUGCAGCCUGCGUCAAUAUUGAAUCGGUAUUUAGCUCGAAUGUAUCGGAACAAAGCUACGUUUUGCGAAUAAAAACGUGACAAAAAACUAAAAAAGUAAUUCGAUAAAAAGAAUCGGGGCGAAGGCAGCUUGAUUGACAGCUCUUUCUUGGCUCCUCCUCCCGCAGCGCUUAAAUGACCGGCGCGCUCUCGUGAGCUCGUGGCUGACAGUGGCAGUGUCGGGAGGGAUGCUGUAGAAGAUCUCCGUCUCCACCAGUUUUAUUUAUUAUAUUUUAUCUGCCCGAAUAAGAAUGAAGACCAUACUCGCUGCAUAUUCCGGUGUCAAAAAGGGCACAGGGUCCAGCAUCCUUUCUGCCUUGUACGACCUGCCCUCCGUCCCCUGGCUGACCCGAUCCAAGAUCGUGAAAUACCUGCAGUUGGUCUCUGUCCUACAUUUUGUCACCACAUUUCUUGCCAUGGGCAUUGUCUGCUCUUUGUUGCUGGUGUACCUGUUUUGCACAGACUGCUGGAUGCUUGCUGCCAUAUACACCGCCUGGCUCAUAUAUGACUGGAAUACCCCUAAACAAGGAGGCCGCAGAUCUACCUGGAUGAGAAACUGGACUUUGUGGAAAUACUUCAGAGAUUAUUUUCCCAUAAGACUCAUAAAGACCCACGACCUGCUUCCCAGCCGAAACUACAUCUUUGGGUACCACCCCCACGGCAUCUUCUGCGUUGGAGCUUUUUGUAACUUCAGCACGGAGUCCACAGGAUUCUCCAAAAAGUUCCCGGGAAUCAAGCCAUCUUUGGCCACGUUGGCUGGAAACUUCCGUUUGCCAUUGUUUAGGGAUUACCUGAUGAGUGGAGGUAUCUGUCCAGUAAACCGUAACUCCAUUGACUACCUGCUGGCCAGUAACGGUACGGGCAACGCUGUGGUCAUCGUGAUCGGUGGGGCUGCAGAAUCUCUAGACUGUGCUCCAGGAAUAAACUCUGUCACACUCAAAAACCGCAAAGGCUUCGUGAAACUGGCCCUCAAACAAGGCGCUGACCUGGUGCCCGUCUACUCAUUUGGAGAGAAUGAGGUAUAUAAACAGCUGAUUUUUGAGGAUGGCUCCUGGGGGCGUGUGGCUCAGAAGAGGCUUCAGAAGAUUUUAGGGUUCGCCCCCUGUCUGUUCCAUGGCUGUGGACUCUUCUUUCCAGAAUCCUGGGGCAUUUUACCCUACAGCAAGCCCAUUACUACUGUUGUUGGUGAACCCAUAACAGUUCCCAAAAUCGCCAGCCCAAGCCAGGAUGUGAUAGACAUGUACCAUGCCAUGUACAUCAGGUCCCUCAGGUCUCUCUUUGACAACUACAAGACUCGCUUUGGCCUCAGUGAGAGUGACACCCUGGUAAUUCAAUGAAGGAUGCUGAGGAAUAACAUUAUAACAGAAACACUGCUGUGGCAGCUGGAAGAUCCCAACUACGUGCCUGUUCAAGAAAAGUAACAGAAAAAGCUGUUUGUAUAUAGAGAAGACAAUUUCUCAACAUUGUCAGUAUUCCAAGAGUUUCCCUAUAUUUAUGCAUUUGGCAGAUGCUUUAAUCCAAAGAAAUUUGCAUUUUUACAUUUUAUCUGUGAAUGCAUUAUGUGGGAAUCAAACCUUGGUUUUGUGCUAUAUUCUACAAAUUGGAAGUUUUCCAUUAAGAUGGAAAGUUGGGAGUUGUUGUGUCAGAUAAUUCAGUUGAUAAUCUCAGUUGACUAGACUGACAGUGGUUCUUAAACUUUACUUUAAUGAAUCUCUCUAAAGGUACUGUAUUGUACUGUUCUGGGAUGCAGUGAAUCUAGCCUUUGUCACUGCUGCUCAUCUCCACGAGGUGGCGUUCCUGGUCCAGUCAAAGAUAUCAUCUCUGCCAGGCAUAAUCUAUAUUUAAAAACUAUGGAAGACACAUAAUAAUAUAUUCACAAGAAAGAUAUUUGACUUUUAAUUCUACUUGGUGUAGUAGAAAAAAAACGGUUUUGUCCCCCUUUAGAUUAUUUUUUUAAUGGACAAGCGAUGCAACUGUAUUGUGAGUUUUUGUUCUCACCAAACAAGUCAUAUGGUGGUUAUGUAGCCAGAGAGUGGAUAAAGAUUUUGGCCUUUGGCCUUGAGUUAUGUAGAAACAAAUCAAGUGCAAAUGAAUUGAUGCAAUAAGUUGGAAUAAACAUGGUUCUGCGAGGAUUUUUACGAUUUAAGAAAACAAUUGUUUAAAGGUCUGAUGGUCUUUGGUUUAUAGAAUGAUUAUGUCUUUGUUUUUUCAAAUGCUUUCAGACAAGUGGGCAACCAAGUUUGUAGAGCUUGAUGUUAAAAUGAGAUGUUAAAGAGAGAUCUAGAAGAUGAUGAUAAUGAAGAAACUUCUUGUAUUGUCAAUUGUUAUAGACUACCGAUGAAUCCAUAUCACCAUUUUCUUGUCCAACAAUAAUCAGAGAAGUAUGGAUUUUACAUUUAUAACUUCCACGUGCUUUGCUGAACUCAAGCAUAAUUUAUCUGGUUUUGAGAUCACAGCCUUCAAAUCUCAAACUCAUCACAAAAUGAUGUCAUUGUACAGUCUUCUUGGAUGGCUAUAGUUUUUGACCUUAACGUUUUAUAAUUUUAUUUCAUAAUGCUGGGAUGUCCUUUCGCUGGUUAAGACAUGUUUGUAUGCCAGAUUAAACCAGGAUUUUUUGCUAAAUAAAAAUUAAUUGUGAAAAGUG